ACACAGCACACCGGAAGAGAGCCAGCACGACCUCUCAGCAGCGUGCGUCCGGUGCGUCCGGUGAGUCCGGUUAGAGCGUUUACAACGUGAAUCUGACGGGAUUUAACCGGAUUAACAUGUUUUAAGUGUGUUUGUGUGACUGUAGAAGACAACAGAUCCGACAUGCUUCGUUGUGCUCUGCUGGUUUGCUGCAGAGGAGCCGCUAAACGGUUCGCCUCGUCCUUCUCCAGCGAGAGCGCUCUGCCUCCCAACUUACUGCUGCCGACCAACCUGGUGGAUCCUUCCAGAUUAAAGCGUCCUCCUCCUCCUGCAGACUCCUCGCUGCCUCUCCUCAGGAGGUGUGACGCCGUCCUUCCCGCUCACCUGAGUCCCGUCCGGACGUGGGUGGACACUCUGGAGAGGCGGGACGGCGAGCCGCUGGGUUUGGCUCAGCUCCACCCGGACGUCUUCGCGGUGCCUCCGAGGCUCGAUGUCCUCUACGAGGUGGAAACGUGGCAGAGAAACUAUAAAAGAAUUAGCCAUGCCAACACAAAGGUCAGGUCAGAGGUCAGCGGUGGAGGCAGGAAACCAUGGAAACAGAAAGGAAGUGGACGAGCUCGCCACGGAAGCAUCAGAUCCCCGAUAUGGAAAGGAGGUGGAGUGGCUAAAGGACCCAGAGGGCCGACCAGCUACUUCUACAUGUUACCCAUGAAGGUCCGAGUGAAAGGACUCAAAGUGGCUCUGAGCUCCAAGAUGGCUCAGGACUACCUUCACAUCGUGGACUCUCUGAAUAUCCCCUCACCCGACCCUCAGUACCUGCUGGACCUCCUCAGACACAAACACUGGGGGGAGUCGGUGUUAAUAGUCGACGUAGGUGAAGAGUUUCCUGAAAACAUCCUUCAGGCAACAGCCAGUUUGAAGACAGUGAACAUUAUUCCAGCAAUUGGUCUGAACGUCCACAGCAUGCUGAAACAUGAAGCCGUCGUCCUCACUCUGGAAACGGUCAAGUUUCUGGAGGACAAGCUGCUCUGGCACGACCAGCGCUACACCCCUCUGUACCCAUUUAAACUGCCCUACUCCGACUUCCCAUAGAAAACAUGAAAUCACCUGUAAUAUAUUCACUUUUCUUUGUGUAACAAAAAAAACAUCAAUAAAUAAUGCCAAAUAUAAAAAAAGAACAA